AUGGCUACCCCUAGUGUCCUCGCUUUUGACGCUGAGGGUCGAGCCAUUGACUUUGAGGUCUGGGUCGACGACCUGCAGUUGUUUUUACAGUGCAAUAGGGCGGACGGUCUUUCUCUCUUUGACCUCACCUCUGGCGCCUCCCCUGCUCCUGCUGCUGAUGCUGACCCCAAUGUUCGCUCUCAGUGGGCCACCCGCGAUGCUGCUGCACGUCUUGCUGUGCGUCGCCACCUGCCUACCACUGAGCGUGCGCACUUUAGUCAGUACAAGAGUGCUCAGACCUUGUACAACGCCGUAGUUGCGCGCUACUCUUCCCCUGCCACUGGUGCACUAAGCCGCCUCAUGCUACCGUACCUCUUUCCUGACCUUGCUGCCUUUCCUACAGUCGCUGACCUCAUCACGCACCUCCGCACUUCUGACACUCGCUACCGCGCUGCACUUCCUGCUGAGUUCUGCGCCAAGAACCCCCCCCCCAUGUACAUCGCUCUCUAUUACAUAGUCACUCGCCUCCCUGACUCCCUUCGCGUAGUCAGGGACCACUUCCUCUCAGUCUGUCCCACCACCCUCACUGUUGACCUCCUCGAGAAGGCCCUCCUAGCGGCGGAGAAGAGCAUAGUCGCUGUAGGAGCCUCUCGUGGUGACCCGCGCACCCCCAUCUUUGAGGGGUGUUCUCCUUCCCCCCUGCUGCCCUCUGUUGCCUCUGCUGCUGCUGCCGACCUGCUUGGUCUUGAGUCGGUCGGCGCGGCGUCUGCCCCUAGCGGGAGACGCCGCCCUGGCAAGGGCAAGGGGGGCAAGGGCGCGGGUGGAGCUGGCGGGGGCGGUGGAGGUGGCAGUGGCGGUGGCGGAGGGAGUGGGGGUGGCGGUGGGAGUGGUGGUGGGGGUGGUGGUGGUGGUGGCGGCAGCGGAGGCGGCGGCGGUGGCGGCGGCGGCGGAGGGAGCGGAGGCGGCGGUGGUGGCGGAGGUGGAGGCGGCGGUGGCGGAGGAGGUGGAGCCGGUCGGGGUAGUGCCCCGCAGCGGAGCGGCUCUGGUGGUGGUCAGCGCCAGCAGCAGCAGCAGCAGCAACGUUCUCGGGACAUCCCCCCGCCUCAGCAGCUCCGUGAGUGGUACACGCAGCGUCAGCGUGGUGGGGGUCUUGGCCCGUGCACCUACGUUCUUCGUUCCGGCGAUCGCGCGGGUGAGCAGUGUGGGGGUGCCCACUCCACCCAGCGCUGCUUUGGCCGCCUGACGGACGCUUGGCGUCAGCAGUUCCCCGAGGCUAGUGAGAUUCCCCGCUGGAGAGAGCUGUCUAGGGCUGGCGUAGCGAUCUUUGAUCUUGACUUUGAUGCUAUCCUUGCUGCCAUGUAUGCUGUGACUAUUAGUGAUGAGGGUGACUGUUACCGGUGUUUCCCGCCCGACCCGGGCAUUGGUACUGCUGCGCUAGGUGCUUGUGAGGCUGCUGCUCUAGGUGCCAGUGCGUCUGCACUCUCAGGUACUGGUGAGGCUGCGCUCUCAGACCGCACCACACUCACGCCGCUUGGUCGGCCGGUUGCAGUCUCCCUGGCUGACCCCUCUGGGGGUCCUGUCCUCGCUCACUUCUCCACUGUCCUCCCGUGUCCGGCUGCCCCCUCGGGCACCCUGUCGGGUCUGUACCUCCCCUCGUUCUCGACAAACUUGGUGAGUGGUGCUGACCUGCAGGAUGCGGGGGUUCACCAGUUUACUCCUUCGAGUCAGCGGGGGACCCACUGCUCGGACGCCCGCACAGGCCGACACCUAGCCACGUUUUCGCGUCGGCCCGGGUCGAGUCUCUACACCCUGACCGUUGAGUCUCCUCCAGUCCCUGCGUCUGGUCAGGUAGCUGCGUCGGGUCAGGUGUUUGCUGCUGCGUCCAGGUCUGGUCCUGAGUCUGCCCCCUGCUCGUGUCGCCUCCUGUCUCACAAGACUCUCUUGUGGCACCACCGUCUUGGCCACCCCUCCUUGCCUCGUCUUCGGGGCAUGGCUUCCCGUGUCCUUGUCUCUGGUCUCCCCCGGUCUCUCCCUCCCCUUCCUUCUGGGCCAGGACCUUCCUGUGUCCCCUGUGUUGAGGGGCGGCUCCGGGCUGCCCCUCACUCCUCCCAGUUUCACCCGACAGAGGCUCCUCUGCAGACGCUUCACAUGGACGUGUGGGGCCCAGCCCGCGUCCGUGGACAGGGUCACGAGCGCUACUUCCUGCUGGUGGUUGACGACUACUCGCGUUACACCACAGUCUUCCCCUUGCGCAGCAAGGGUGAUGUCACUGAGGUGUUGAUCGACUGGAUCCGCGCGGCUCGUCUCCAGCUCAGGAGGAGCUUCGGCUCGGACUUUCCUGUUCUGCGUCUGCACUCUGACCGAGGCGGAGAGUUCUCCUCUGGCCUUCUGCGAGCCUACUGUCGUGCACGAGGCAUCCGCCAGACCUUCACGCUUCCGGACUCUCCACAGCAAAAUGGGAUUGCUGAGCGCCGCAUUGGCAUGGUCAUGGACGUCGCUCGUACGUCCAUGAUGCAUGCGGCUGCCCCCCAUUUUCUGUGGCCGUUUGCGGUUCGGUACGCGGCGCAUCAGCUCAACCUUCACCCCAGGGUCUCCCGGCCGGAGACCUCCCCAGCUCUGCUGUGGACGGGGAAGGUCGGCGAUGCGUCUGCGUUCCGUGUCUGGGGAUCUCAGGCGUUUGUCCGCGACCUGUCUGCGGACAAGCUGUCCCCUCGUGCUACUCCCUGUGUCUUCCUAGGCUUCCCCCCUGACGCCCCAGGGUGGCAGUUCUACCACCCCUCCUCUCGUCGUGUUCUGUCCUCCCAGGACGUCACGUUCGACGAGUCCGUCCCCUUCUACCGCCUCUUCCCCUACCGCACUCCUUCCCUCCCACCGCCACCGCACUUCCUUGUGCCAGUCGAGCCGGUCGAGGUUGCUGGUGACUCAGGUACUGCUGGGGGUGCUGAGUCUGGGGGUGCUGAGCCUGGGGGUGCUGACUCUGGGAGUGCUGAGUCUGGGGGUGCUGAGCCUGGGGGUGCUGAGCCUGGGGGUGCUGCCUCUGGGGGUGCUGAGCCUGGGGGUGCUGACUCUGAGGGUGCUGCGCGCGUGGGUGCUGAGCCUGGGGGUGCUGAGCCUGGGGGUGCUGCGUCUGAAGCUGCUGAGCCUGGAGGUGUGGAGCCUGCGGCCACUGGACCUCCCCUUGUGGCGUCUGGCGGUACUGGGCCUGGAGGUUCUCCGGGUGUUUCGUCUCAGCUGGAGCCACUCUCUCCACAGGAGCUGCGUGAGUGGUUUGCUCGCCGCUGGAGGCGUACUGCUGGAGCUGGCGCUUCUUCGGCCGCUGAGGGUGCUGGUGCCGCCGGUCCCGGAGCUGCUGGGCCUCCGGGUCCGCCUGGAGCUGGAGCUGCUGAGGGUGUUGGUUCUGAGACUACUACUGUCCGUCCUGGUGGUGGUCGUGCUGCGGGUGCUGCUGGCGCUGCUGGAGGUCCUGCCGCUGGAGGUGCUGUUGGCGCUGGUGCUGCCGGAGGUGCUGAGAGUGCUGGUGCUAUCCCUGCUGUGUCUGGUGCCGCCGCGCGGCCUCGGCCGUACUUCGUUCUGCUCCUUCAGCAGGUUCUUGGUCUUCCUCCUCUCUUAGAGGGUCCACCGCCUGUCCAGUCGAAGUCACAGUUACCGCCGGCCUCCCCACUGCCUUCUCCCUCUCCCUACACUGGUCCUACAGGAGGUCUUGCUGAGCGUCGUGAGCCUGCGUCUCGUCCUGCGUCGCCUGUUUGUGCUGCUCGCACUAGUGGUCGCAGUUCGCGUCAGCGUCCUCCUCCUGUCCCUGGCACGCACCGGAUGUCUCUGCGUCCGUCCACUGCUCCUCUGCGUGCCCCUUUGCCCUCUCCUCUUCCUGCACUUGCCGACCCUGAGUCGGACUCUCUUCGUGCUGCCAGUCCUACUGUCACGCGUCUCCUUGGUACUGUCGUCACUGACCCCUCCUUUGAGUCCACUGCUGCGUCUGCUCUUGUUGCUGAGCUCGUCGACUUUGCUGCUCGCUGUCGUCUAGACUACGCUGCUAGUCUUGUUGCUGAGUCUGCGUCUGUCUGUCCUCCGUCCGUCGGGGGUGAGUGUGCUCUUGGCACGGACGUCCUUGAGGACAAGCAGGAGGAGUUUCAGUGUCUGGCUGCUGCUUCACCUCAUCUCGCGUCUGUACUGCUUGCCCCUGAGGGAGACCCGGAUGCACUAGACAUCCCGACUCCGCGCUCUUACGCGGAGGCCGUAGAGGGUCCCUACUCCUCUCAGUGGCAGGCAGCUAUGGAUGCAGAGAUGGCUUCCUGGAAGUCCACAGGCACCUACGUUGACGCGGUUCCCCCUCCUGGGGCGAACAUCGUCAGUGGGAUGUGGAUCUUCAGGGUGAAGCGGCCGCCGGGCUCUCCACCUGUCUUCAAGGCGCGGUACGUGGCUCGUGGCUUCAGUCAGCGGCAGGGAGUUGACUACUUUCAGACCUUCUCUCCCACCCCGAAGAUGACCAAUCUUCGGGUGCUGCUGCACAUAGCCGCUCAGCGCGACUACGAGCUCCACUCUCUUGACUUCAGCACUGCUUUCUUGCAGGUGGAGCCUCCGACGGCCAGUCUACGGUCUCCGCCAGGCACCGCGUGA